AUGCAGGAACACGUCAAGGUUGACGGCAAGGUGAGAGCUGACACCACUUUCCCCGCCGGGUUCAUGGACGUCAUCUCGCUUGAAGCCACUAACGAGAACAUCCAUUUGAUCUACGACGUCAAGGGGAGAUUUGCCGUCCACAGAGUCACCACUAAAGAAGCUUCGUACAAAUGGGCUAAGGUUAAGGCCGUCCAAUUGGGUAAGCGCCUGAUCCCUUACGCUGUCACUCACGGCGGCAGAACCAUCAAAUACCCUGACCCCUUGGUCAGAGUCAACGAUACCGUCAAGAUCGACUUGGCCACGGGUAAGAUCACCGACUUCAUCUAG